AUGGCGUCAAAAGUUGCGCCCAGUAACGAAGACGGCAACGACUUGGACGCCUCCUGCCACACACUACGCACCUGUACCCGAUUGCGCCAAGGCUCACAGGAUGAGGAACUUCGUAAGGUCAUUGAAAAGCAACGCAUUGUCAUUCGAGAUCUACGAAAAGCGUUGGCCAAAGUAACGGCAGACCGCGACAAUUUGCUUGCCAAGUUUGACAUAAGUUCAAGUAACAACGCCGCAACCGGUGAUCGCCCUCCUGCUGCUACCCCUGUGCAACAUGAAAUGUUAAUGAUGAUGAGCGAUGAGGAUGAUGCCUUGAGUACAAGUCCUAGUUCCAGCAGUUGUUGCAGUACAGCAAGUAGCAGUAAUCCUACAACAACAGGGCCUAUUCCUCCACCACGAUCCCCAUUUCGACAACAUAAUGUAUACAUCAACAACAAUCAGCAUCAUCCAACAUCUCCUAUUAGCAGCGGCAGCAACAAUAGUAGUGCCAAAGAACAGCUGACGGAGGAUCCAUCAUCGACCCCACAUCGAGUUGAUAGCUUGUCUUUAACAUGUGCUAGUGGAAGGCGAAAUCCCAAUACACGUUCAUCAUCGCUUCCUGUUGCCAGCUUCAAACGUUCCAUUUCACCAACCACUGCUGCUACCAUGAUGGUUAAUAAUUCACCUGUCAGUGCUAUUUUGGAUAAAGACAAGCAACUUUUUGCUCGUUACCAGGAGUCAAUGCAACGAACAACAGUGACCAAUGGCGAUCAUGUCGAAUGCAGCACAAAGACAUCCAUCAGUGCAGGAGAUAUCUCAACUCACGACGAUGACCUAUCACCAUCUUCGCAACAUCAACAACAAUGGUUAUGGCCAUCUCCACCACCCAUUCCACCUUCUGAAAGAAAGAUGUCCACAACAUCAACGUAUCAUCGACGCCAUGUACGUAGAGCAUCAUCCCAACCUGCCAUUGUCACAUCCACGUCUUCAUCCCUCCGCAAUCCUGCUGAGAAGAAAAUUGACCGUUUGCUCGAUGGUGUCUCGGUUAAAGUUCUUGGUUCUAACAUCACGACCAACGACAAAGGAAAAGGAGUGGUAUCGUUUACAAUCUCAGUGGGACAAAACGCCGACAAGGAAUUGUGGUGCAUUGAGAAACGCUACUCUCAUUUCUUAACCCUAGAUACCAAAUUGAAAUCACAAUGCAAAUCAAAGACAUUCAAGACCACCAAGCUACCUGACAAGGCUCUCUUCGCUACUCAUGCACCAAGCAAAGCUGACCAAAGAAAGCAUGCCAUUGAAAAAUAUUUGCAACGUGUCAUUGAAGUACCAUGGCCAGACUUAUCCGUGCUCCAUGACUUUUUGAAUUCGGACAAGACAUAUCGAAAAGAAGAAUCUCACCAGACUCGUCCGGGCUAUAAAGCAGGAUACUUGACACGACGUGGCAAGAGCUUUGUUGGUUGGAAGACUCGAUAUUUUGUAUAUGAAAAUGGUGUCCUGAGGUAUUACGAUAAUCCUGAAGGAGCAUUAUUGGGGACCAUCCUUAUACCCGAUGCACAAAUCCGGCCAAGCAAUUCACAGUCAUCUUCCCAUGAGCCGCAUCAUGCAUUCCUUAUUGUUGAGCCUAAAAAGGCUGCAUCUCCUGGCAGCGGAGUGUAUCGACAUUUGUUGUGUGCUGAAUCGGAUAAGGAACGGGAUGAAUGGGUGGAUGUUCUUACACAAGCCAAAAAAGAUGCUCAAGAUGCCCAACAUCAUCCUCUUCAAUAUCAUCCACCUCGAGCCAAUUCAGCUGAUUCAGCAGCACAUCAUGAGUAUCAUCACCACGAUGAUGAACGACCUCCUUUGCGUCAACGUUCAAGCAUGGAUCAAGUCUACAUGCCGGCUAGCAAGAAAUACAGCAUCACAUCGUCCGUUGGCAGUAAUCGUCGAGGAUCUAUUGGAAGUAGUCGUCCAUGUUCACCCUCUGCGGAUGAUCAAGAAGGAGGAGCUUUGGAUGGAAAAAAGAAGAAAGGAAAUAGAAGGACGUUUUGGUCAAAGAAAAUGGCCACUGGUAUACCAUCCACAAACAGCAUUCGAGGUCUCUUAUCACGCAAUUCAACGGAUACCUCAGCUGAUACAACUAUAUCCACACCACAAAGUACAUCCAACGGCAAGAAUAAUCCAUCCAACAAAGUGUUUGGUGUACCUCUUGAAGAAGCCGUGCGUGCAUCCCGUAUUUCAGAUACAUGCCAUCUUCCUGCUAUUGUCAUUCGCUGCAUUGAAUAUCUCGAAGCCAACAAUGCUACAAGGGAAGAAGGGAUUUAUCGCUUGAGCGGAAGUGCCGUCAAAAUUAGAUCUUUGCGAGAAGAAUUUGAUCAGGGCACCGAUGUCAAUCUUUUGGAGUCAAACGAGCACCAUGACAUACACGCUGUAGCUGGCGUAUUCAAAAUGUGGUUACGAGAGCUACCAGGCAACGUCUUGACCGAAGAACUACUACCAGAGUUUUUGCCUGUGAUAGAUCUUGUGGAUCGUCAAGAGCGUGUACAAGAAUUAGGAAGGCUGGUAUCCAUGCUGCCAUUAGCCAAUUAUGCAUUACUACGUAGCCUUUGCACGCAUUUGAUAGGCGUUGUAACGAGUUCAGAGACCAACAAGAUGAAUGCACGCAACGUUGGCAUUAUUUUCUCGCCCACAUUGCAAAUCCCUACCGGUAUCUUCAACCUGUUCCUGAGCGAAUUUCAAUACAUCUUCAUGACCGACAAUAACGACAUCACCAUCUCAGCCGACAGUAACAAGAUCCAGCUCGAUUCAAUUACUGAUAGCUCCUUGUCAACAUCAUCCACCAUCAACACUGAUCCUUUACAUCCUACGCAACCUCUGCCCCGUGUGCAGCAUACUAUACUUGAUGAACAAGGUCGCAGCAACAGAAAUAGCGUGCAUUACAUGAAUGGCACCCCCUUCUCAAUUGUUGGUUUGGAAAAAGGAAAUGCUCAUGUUGCAGAUGACGACGAGGUAGACGACCUGGAUUUCCACAAUGACACUCUCGACGAUGACAAUGAACCCACUUCCAGCAAUGGCAGUCUUCACAUGUCAGAAAGCUUCCACAGUAACGAUAGUAAACCAGACAUGACAACAACAUCCUUCACAGCAUCCGGUCAACUACUAGCAAUGAAAUAA